GGAUGCGGCCCACAAUGGUAAAUAGGUUGAGAACCACUGGGUUAGACCAAAGGCACCGGGAAUCCGACCUCAUGGGUUCUCUUCCCAGCUCUGUUACUGCGUUGCCGUGGUUCCUUGGGCAAGUCACAGGCGUGCCUCAGUUUCCCUAUCUGGGAUUAUAUCUCCACCUCCAGGGAAGGGUUGAGGCUUCAUUCCUUAGGGUCUGUAUUGUGCUUUGAGGCCCUUUAUGAAAGGGGCGAGAGAAGGACAAUUUAGGAUUGUAAGCCUGGAAAAGGAGCCAGCAGAUAAGAUAUCUCCACCAGCAAUAUGUCAGGCCAUGCCCUCAUCCUCAGAGUCAAUCAGAGCUUGUUGGCAAGAGAAGCCAGACAAGGGCCGGUAACAUGUGAGAAACAAUCGUCUGCCCAGCCUCUGCCUUCAUCGUAGGUUUGGUUCUUUCCCUGUAUCCGUUUGCUGUUAUUGACGUGAUGGCUGUGGCUGUGCAAACCCAAGCAGAGACAGCAAGGGCAUUCGCAGGAGAGAGGAAAAUGGCUCACACGGCCUCGUGGGCUGCCAGGGAAGUAGGAUUAAUGGAGUUACAAGAGGAAAGGGGGCUAGAGAUAGAAAGCCCCGUGGCUGGGACUUGCUGCUCCCUGAAGUCAAGAGGUGAAAAGUUUCAGAGAGGCAAAAAUCUUCGCCCAGGCUUCACAAGUGCCCAGCGCGAGGCGCGGCUGGAGACACCGACCAGGGGCUGAUGCUGCCCAUUGUGUGGCGGUGAAAGAGGCGAUGACGUGGCUUUUCUUCCAAGGACUGGAUCUGGACAGCUUGGCCCCUGUCUACACUAAUCAGUUAUUCACCUUAAAUAACCCCCAAGGCAAGUACAGGAAGGAGCACGUGCCUAGCUGCUCAGACAGAUUAUCCCUCCCCAAAGCAGAGCAGAACCAACAACCAGAAACAGGGUGCAGCCAGGCAGGCUUGUGGUAGACAUCUCCUUCCCAGCUUUGGGAUGGGAGGUGUAGCAGGCGUCCUGGCUGGGUCCCACAUUCCCCUGACCCUCGGGGAGCGGUCCAUUCUCCCAGGUCUCAGACAUUCCUGAGCCCAGGUGCACCCCUCCCCUGUGCAGCUUAAUCCAGGCAGCCUAGCUCAGUGGUUCUCAACCAGGGGUACUUAUACCCCUGGGGGGAUGCAGAGAUCUUCCAGGGAGUACAUCAACUCAUCUAGAGAUUUGCCUAGUUUUACAACAUAGAAAGUGCUAGCAAAGCCAGUACAAACUACAGUGUCACAGACAAUUACUUUAUACUGUUCUAGAUACUGAAAUACUAUCCUCGGGGAAACACAAGAAGAAGAUGACGAGAUUCUUCCACGCAAGGACUAUGAGAGUUUGGAUUAUGACCGAUGUAUCAAUGACCCCUACUUGGAAGUACUGGAAAGCAUGGACAACAAGAAAGGCCGGAGGUAUGAAGCGGUGAAGUGGGUGAUGGUUUUCGCCAUUGGAGUCUGCACUGGACUGGUGGGUCUGUUUGUUGAUUUCUUUGUGCGACUCUUUUCCCAACUUAAAUUCCAUGUGGUACAAACCUCGGUGGAGGAGUGCAGCGAGAAGGGCUGCCUUGCCGUGUCCCUGCUGGAGCUGCUGGGGUUUAACCUGACCUUCAUCUUCCUUGCCAGCCUUCUUGUCCUGAUCGAGCCCGUGGCAGCCGGCUCUGGAAUUCCGGAGAUUAAGUGUUACCUGAAUGGAGUGAAGGUGCCAGGGAUAGUCCGUCUCCGGACGCUGGUGUGCAAAGCUCUGGGGGUACUCUUCAGCGUAGCCGGAGGUCUCUUUGUAGGGAAGGAGGGCCCCAUGAUACACAGUGGCGCUAUUGUGGGGGCUGGCUUGCCUCAGUUCCAGAGCAUCUCCUUUAGGAAGAUCCAGUUUAACUUUCCCUAUUUCCGAAGUGACAGGGACAAAAGGGACUUUGUAUCUGCAGGGGCCGCCGCGGGGGUUGCUGCAGCUUUUGGGGCCCCAAUCGGGGGCACUCUGUUCAGCUUGGAAGAGGGUUCCUCCUUCUGGAACCAGGGGCUCACGUGGAAAGUGCUCUUUUGUUCCAUGGCUGCCACCUUCACCCUGAACUUCUUCCGCUCCGGGAUUCAGUUUGGAAGUUGGGGAUCUUUCCAGCUACCUGGGCUGCUAAACUUUGGGGAGUUCAAGUGUUCUGACUCUGAUAAAAAAUGCCACCUCUGGACGGCCAUGGACUUGGGGUUCUUCAUUAUGAUGGGGAUUGUAGGAGGCCUUCUUGGAGCCACCUUCAACUGCCUGAAUAAGAGGCUGGCGAAAUACCGCAUGCGGAACGUGCAUCCAAAGCCGAAGCUGGUCAGAGUCUUGGAGAGCCUGCUGGUGUGUCUAACAACCACCGUUGUAGUGUUCGUAGCUUCCAUGAUUCUAGGAGAAUGCCGGCAGAUGUCUUCCACCAAUCCUAGUGGCAACAGCACUCUGAGCCUUCAGGGUUCUUCAUCAGAGGAUGUGAAUUCAAGCAUCAAGACUUUCUUCUGCCCCAAUGAAACCUACAAUGACAUGGCAACGCUCUUCUUCAACCCCCAGGAGUCAGCCAUCCUGCAGCUCUUCCACCAGGAUGGUACUUUCAGCCCAGUCACGCUCUCCCUGUUCUUCCUUCUCUAUUUCUUACUCUCCUGCUGGACGUAUGGGAGCUCUGUGCCCAGUGGUCUCUUUGUACCGUCACUGCUUUGCGGGGCUGCCUUCGGACGCCUGGUCGCCAACCUCCUCAAAAGCUACAUUGGGCUGGACCACAUCUACUCGGGGACCUUUGCACUGAUUGGUGCGGCGGCGUUCCUGGGAGGCGUGGUCCGCAUGACGAUUAGCCUCACCGUCAUCCUGAUAGAAUCCACCAAUGAGAUCACGUACGGGCUUCCGAUAAUGAUCACCCUGAUGGUAGCCAAAUGGACAGGAGACUUCUUUAACAAGGGCAUCUACGACAUCCACGUGACCCUGCGAGGGGUGCCGCUGCUGGAGUGGGAGACGGAGGUGGAAAUGGACAAGCUGAGAGCCAGCGAUAUCAUGGAGCCCAACCUGACGUACGUGUAUCCCCACACCCGGAUCCAGUCGCUGGUCAGUAUCCUGCGCACGACGGUCCAUCACGCCUUCCCUGUGGUGACGGAGAACCGGGGGAAUGAGAAGGAGUUCAUGAAGGGGAACCAGCUGAUCAGCAACAACAUUAGAUUCAAGAAAUCCAGCAUCCUCACCAGAGCUGGAGAGCAGCGCAAGCGGAGCCAGUCCAUGAAAUCUUACCCCUCGAGCGAGCUGCGCAACAUGUGUGAUGAGCACGUAGCGCCAGAGGAGCCGCCCGAGAAGGAGGAUCUGCUGCAGCAGAUGCUAGAGAGACGAUACACUCCAUACCCCAACCUGUACCCAGACCAGUCCCCCAGUGAAGAGUGGACCAUGGAGGAACGCUUCCGACCUCUGACCUUCCACGGCUUGAUCUUGCGCUCGCAGCUGGUUACCCUGCUCGUCCGAGGAGUCUGUUACUCUGAGAGUCAGUCGAGCACCAGCCAGCCUCGACUAUCGUAUGCUGAGAUGGCUGAGGAUUACCCCCGUUACCCUGAUAUUCAUGACCUGGACCUCACGCUGCUGACCCCACGCAUGAUAGUGGACGUCACUCCUUACAUGAACCCAUCUCCCUUCACGGUCUCCCCUAACACUCAUGCCUCGCAAGUCUUCAACCUCUUUAGGACAAUGGGGCUCAGGCACUUACCAGUGGUGAAUGCGGUGGGAGAGAUUGUUGGAAUAAUAACACGGCACAACCUGACUCAUGAAUUUCUGCAGGCAAGACUGAGACAGCACUACCAGACCAUCUGACCCUGCUGUCGGUAUGGCGCCCUCCUUCUUCCAAGCCUGCACAUGCCCUCGCUUUCUGCUUGGAUGCCCCAUGUCCAAGGACACGAUGGUUGGCUUCUCUCUCACGCAGUCCGGGGACCAGAGAACAUCUCGCUGGCAGAGAGUAGAAGAGUUAUUUAAGUCCUGAGCUGCUGGCCAGCCCCAGAGAGGUGCUUCGUUUGACUGCUCUUGGCCAGAACGCUCUCUUCUCUCCUGCCGUCUCCUUUCAUCAGAAGUUGCCCUGAUACUGCUCUUCCUAUAGAAAUGCCUGCGGUUUGGAGGGUAACAAUCUACACCAUGUCCCAUGUGGAGGAGUGCAGCGAAUUUCCCCUCCCCUCUCUUGUUGAUUUUCUUCUCCCUCCCCAGUUCUGCUGCAGUAGUUGCCUUACUCGCACGAGAAGGGGUCAUUGUCAAAGCUGAGAUCACCCACUGCAAUUUGCUAAUAUCCUCAAACACUAAAUUGCUGGUUAUUCUCAGUGACAUUAAAACUACACCUCCUUGUGGGGGUGGGGAAUUUUCUUCCAUCAGGAACUCUUAAUUUUUCACUCUGGCUUCAUGUUUUUCAGUUCAGUUCUUAAAGCCCCUAAUUUCUUAAUGUCCUUCAGGUGCUGGAAUCCCUGCUAUGGAUUUGUCUGACAGCUGCUGGCUGCUGAGAGCAUCUGGGCAAGUCAAGAAUCCAAAACAACUUGGUUCUAAUUGCUGUUCUGGGUUAGAAACCCUUAAUGCACCCACAAAACAACUCGGAAGAGAGAAAUCCCGUCAACCUCAUUAGCUGUUGCCAAUGAUUCCCCUUAGAAGAGAAGCCUUUUGUAAGGCACUCUUGUCCCUUCCCUCUUUGGAGCAUUAUGUAGUGCCCUGCUGCAGAGAUCCAGUGAUAAGAGCCUGGUUUCACUCAGGGGUUCUGGAUUCCAGGGGCAUCUUUACAGUUAGAGCUGUGGAGAUGGAGGAAAUCUCUUUUCUCAGCCCGGCAAGCCCCGAGUUCAACAUGGGGCAGAGCAGGAGCGUUACUCCUCCAGCUCAGAUUCAGCAGCGUUGGCUUAUCUCGGUUUCACGGAAGGAGAAGGUGUGAUUCAUGCUGCGGCCAGCCAGAAGGGGCUCUGGGAGGUUGUGACAGCCAGCCAGCGCUCUGCAGAGCGGUUAAUGGAAAGGCUGUGGGCAGCUCUGAGAGCACUUGGGAUGUUUGUUGCAACCGCAGAAUCACCUGCAGGGUAAAGUCAGCACUUAGGAGCCAGUCGCAGCCAGUCUGGUGCUCUGGCAGGUACCAUCCUGGCAGCACCUGUGUCGUUCCAGCAGGCUCCUGCCCUUGUGGGUUUUGCAUUCAGAUAACUGGGGGAAGCCAGCCUCAUGCUCCAAGAAA